AGUUACCGAUUACCGAUUCAAACCCUAGUUUUGACAAUGACACGUCUUUUUUUCUACGAGAAGUUGUCAACUUGCGUCGUGUUGGAAAAAUUGCAUGUCGCUAUGUUCAGUCACGUCAGUUCUCGAAAUAAAUAAAUUGAACAUGGCUGAUACCGAGGGACAUAAACAUCGGGAAGUGAAUUUCCAUGAGAGCGAAGGUCACGAGGUGAUUGGCAAGCUGUGCUUGCGGCUAGACUAUAAGGCGCUGCAACAAAAACCUACCCCGCCGCCCGCGGCCACCGGCCCGCGCGGCGUGCAGGUCGUCAACACAGGGCCCGACCACACGUUCAUUCUCGACGAGGAGGCGCUAAAGGAGCUGCUACACGAUGAGGACAUCAGGGAGCGAGCUGUGGUGGUCGUGUCCGUGGCCGGCGCCUUCAGGAAGGGCAAGAGCUUCCUGCUCGACUUCUUCCUUCGAUAUAUGCACCACAAGUACGGUAGCGGCGGCGGCGGCGGCGACUGGCUGGGCGCGCCGGACGAGCCCCUGCAGGGCUUCAGCUGGCGCGGCGGCUCCGAGCGAGACACCACCGGCAUCCUCAUGUGGUCCGAGGUCUUCAAGGCCACUCUGGAGAAUGGAGAGAAGGUGGCGAUAAUCCUGCUGGACACGCAGGGCGCGUUCGACAGCGAGUCGACGGUGCGCGACUGCGCGACAGUGUUCGCGCUGUCGACCAUGCUGUCCUCCGUGCAGAUCUACAACCUGUCACAGAACAUCCAGGAGGACGACUUACAACACUUGCAGUUAUUCACGGAAUACGGGCGACUGGCGUUAGAGGACAGCGGUCGCACACCUUUCCAGAGGCUUCAGUUCCUGGUCCGGGACUGGAGCUUCCCGUACGAGGCGGCGUACGGCGCCGAGGGCGGCAACACCAUCCUGCAGCGGCGGCUCAAGGUGUCAGACAAGCAGCACCCGGAGCUCCAGUCACUUCGGAAGCACAUCACGUCGUGCUUCUCCGAAAUAGCCUGCUUCUUACUGCCCCACCCGGGGCUGCGGGUCGCCACCAACCCGCAGUUCGACGGCCGGCUCGAAGACAUAGAACCAGAAUUCAAGCGGUCACUGCAGCAGCUAGUACCCAUGCUGCUCGCCCCGCAGAACCUCGUGCCCAAGCUCAUCAACGGACAGAAGGUCAAGGCCAAGGAGCUGGUGCAGUACUUCGUGUCCUACAUGAACAUUUACAAAGGGAAUGAGCUGCCGGAACCCAAGAGUAUGCUGGUGGCGACAGCGGAAGCGAACAACCUUACAGCCGUGGCCGAAGCUAAAGAAGUGUACACCACGCUCAUGGAGGAAGUGUGCGGCGGCGCCAAGCCCUACCUGCAGACACAGCUGCUGGAGGCCGAGCACGGCCGGGUCCGGGACAAGGCGCUGCACGCCUUCCACUCCCAGCGCAAGAUGGGCGGCGACGAGUUCAGCCAGUCCUACUGCGAGCAGCUCGUGCGGGACCUGGAGGAGCAGUUCAAGCAGUUCAGCGCGCACAACGAGAGCAAGAACAUCUUCAAGGCGGCGCGCACGCCCUCCGUGUACUUCGCCAUCGCCAUGUUCUUCUACGUGCUGAGCGGCGUGUUCGGGCUCGUCGGCCUCUACCCCAUCGCCAACCUCUGCAACCUAGCCAUGGGGCUCGCGCUGCUGACGCUAGUGCUGUGGGCCUACAUCAGGUACAGCGGAGAGAUGCGGGAGCUAGGCGUGACUAUCGACGACACGGCCAACGUGCUUUGGGAAAAUGUGAUGAAACCUCUAUACCAAGCCGGUCUGGAGAAGGGCAUGGAGCACGCGGCCAAAGCCGCCGCCGAGAGCGCGCUGGGGCCGCCGUCGCCCUCCGUCAACGGCAAGCACAAGCAGUUGUGAUGCCCGCCCCCACGCCGACAGGGACGGAGCGACUCCCCCGCGCACGCGCCGGAGCGGGACGCAGCUCGUGCCGGCGGCGGCCCGGCACACGCCCGCAGACGGUCAGUGAGCGAACGACAUAUCGAUGACAUAUCACCGGACGCGCGUAGGGUUACCGGUUUUAUUCGGAAUACAAACUUGCCGAUCCCACUUCUGAUGUCGGAUUUGUUUUAACUCGCCCGUUUUAUAAUGCUUAAUGGUAACCCGCCAUUCAAAUGAGCGUGUUUAGGGUCGCCCCUACUGUGUUCGGACGACAUAUCCGAGUUUAAAUGUAUCGAUCCCACUUCUGGUGUCAGAUUAAUUUUAAUUGACCUUUUAUAAUCCUAAAGAGGAACGUAUAUGUUUGUAAACCUGCGUAUGUAGGGUCACCAUCCAUACUGUAAUAUAACAUAUUCGGAUUUCUAACGUGUCGAUCCUAUUUCUGAUGUCGAAUUUUGGACAAUAAGUAACCCUGUAUGUAAAUGUGUGUGUGUGUGUGUGUGUGAGUGGAGGCGCACGCGCGCACGCCUCCGUCGAGUAGCCGGUAAGUGUGCGGUUGUUUAGUGGCGAUGUUAGCGUGCGGUGGCGGAUUGUGUUCAUGUCGAGUGUGUAGAAAAUUAUAAGGGUAUCUAGUUUUAGUGUAGGAAAAUUAAUUGUUGCUUCUCCGACUAUCCAGUCGGCAUCCACAGUAGGA